GCAGGCUGGGGCUGUGGGUGGACUGGGUGUCCUGAAUAGCAGGUUAAGCCAGGCCCAGAGCUAGCACUGGGCUUUCUGCAGCCACGUCAGCAGCACUCAGGGACAGGUUAUGGCACUUCCCUGUGCCAUCAGUGCAGUGACAGCUACUCCAUGUCCACCCGGGGGGAAACUUUCCCCCUGGGUGGAUGUGGAGUAGCUGUCACUGCCAGCCUGCUGGUCCAUAGGGGUCUCAUCCCCCCACCACUGUCACAGCGAGGGCUGGGCAUGCUGCUGUGCCGAACAGACCGCCCUUGAUCAAACAGGACAAAGGUUUUGUUCUUCUCUUCACACUGCAGCCUUGUCCGUCUGCGCGCUGGCAGCAGCGGCUGUCAGCAGACAGCGCAGCGCUCCCACACCACCGCUCAGAGGUGGAGUUUCUCCUCCUUUGUCUCCUCCCGGAGCGAGCUCUUCAUGACAGAAACCUUCCCAGGCAGCAUCCGGAGCGUGGACAGCAGCUUCACCUGGGGACAGAGAGGACAGUAGCAUCGGGGACAAGGACACCUGCUCCCCGCCUAUCCCAGGGCACGUGCUGCAGACCAUGGGAAAUGGCAUGAGCAAGAUCCUCCCUGGCCUUUACUUGGGAAACUUCAUUGAUGCCAAAGACCUGGAGCAGCUAAGCCGGAACAAGAUCACCCACAUCGUGUCAAUCCACGAAUCUCCCCAGCCUCUGUUGCAGGACAUCACCUACCUCCGUAUUCCCCUGCCAGACACACCUGAGGCCAGCAUCAAGAAGCAUUUCAAGGAAUGCAUCAGUUUUAUCCACCAGUGUCGCCUGCAAGGAGGAAACUGCCUCGUCCACUGCCUGGCUGGGAUCUCCCGCAGCACCACCAUCGUCGUCGCCUACGUCAUGGCUGUCACAGAGAUGAGCUCUCAGGAGGUGCUGGAGGCCAUCAGAAGCGUGCGACCCGUUGCCAACCCCAACCCUGGCUUCAAGCAGCAGCUGGAGGAGUUCAGCGGCAGUGCAGCCCGCAAGAUGCGCAGGCACCUGAAGCAGAGGUAUGGGACGUCCCCUUUCAAUGACGAGGAAGAAAUCAAGGCCUUGCUACCAGCGGGGAGAGGAAGAGCAUCCCAAGCAGAGGGAGCUCGGCAAGGACUGGUCCCAAGAGCCAGGGACAUCAAGAGCACUGCUCCCUUCCUGCUGCGGGUGAAGAGGACGUUCUCCUGCAUCCCAGCUUGUCUGAAAUCCAUCCCCAAGUCUAUCCUCAGCCCACCCCACCAUGGCUACUGCACACAUCCCUCAGUGCCACAUCUGAGGACACCUUCAGGGACGGUGACCCCACCACUCCCUGCGCAGCUGUGCCACUGCAUUAUCACUAUUUCUGAGAAUAAAUGUUUCCUAAUAUCCAACCUGACCCUGGUGCGGCGUGAGGCCAUCACCUCUCAUCCUAUCGCUGGACAAGAGACCGAGUCCAUUCUUGGGCAGUGUGGGGGCCCGCAGGGGAAAAGGACGUGCCCAGCUCCCAAAACCGGGAGAAAAGGGGAAAAUAUCUCCCUAAGGUCAGCAAAGCGUCACGAGUCCAAGCACAGACUCAGGGCACUGCAGGAAGCGAGGUGUGCCGACGCGUCCCGGUGCCCCGGGUGCGCUGCGCCCUCCCCCCGGGCCGGGAUCCCGGGGCGGCAGCGAACCGAAAGCGGCGUCAGGAAAGGGAAAGUGAAAGGCCGGGUCCCGCCAUGCUUUCGCUUUCAGGGUCGCCGCACGCUCCCGAGGGCGGGGACCGGGCCGGGCCGGGCCGGAGCCGGGAUGGCGGAGCCGGGGUCUCCUAUGCGGCUGAAGGAGUGGCUGAUCGCGCAGAUCGACAGCGGCCGCUACCCGGGGCUGCGCUGGGAGAACCGCGAACGGACGCUCUUCCGCAUCCCCUGGAAGCACGCGGCCAAGCAGGACUACCGGCAGCAGCAGGACGCCGCUCUCUUCAGGGCUUGGGCCGUCUACAAGGGCAAAUACCACGAGGGCACGGACAAGGCGGACCCAUCCACCUGGAAGACGCGGCUGCGCUGCGCUCUCAACAAAAGCACCGACUUCCAGGAGGUGCCCGAGCGGAGCCAGCUGGACAUCUCCGAGCCUUACAAGGUGUACCAGAUCGUGUGCGACGGCACCCGGGAUGCAGAGAAGGAUGAGAAGGAUGGCAGAAUGCAGCCCACAACCAGCAAGGACCCACAGGGCCACAUGGCUGAGGAGAGCCACCGAGGCACAGCAGGAACGUGCCACAUGCCCACAUUACCCCUGCUAACUGCCCAUCCGGCAGAGCGAGGGUACCACGUGCGGGGAAUCUUCUAUGGCUGGAGCCCGAUCCGCAGCCACCUGCUCCCCAGGGCCCCAUCCUUCCUCCCUGCCGAGGAUGUCAACCACUCAGACUGCUGGCUGCACAUCCGCCUGUACUACUGCGACGUGUUGGUGAAGGAGCUCACCACCCGCACGGCCGAGGGCUGCCGCAUCGCCUCGCGAGCCGAGGGUCCCUACGGCCCCUCCUGCAUGGAGCAGAUCGAGUUCCCCCCACCACGUGCACUGGGAGGUGGCGGGUGGACAGUCGCUGUGACUGAGGUUCUGGAGAGGCUGCUGCCCCACCUGGAGCGCGGGGUGCUGCUGUGGGUGGCCCCCGAGGGGGUCUUCAUGAAGCGGCAGUGCCAGGGCAGGGUGUACUGGAAUGGGCCGCUGGCCCCACACCGGGACUGGCCCAACAAGCUGGAGAGGGAGAAGACCUACAAGCUGCUGGACACGCAGCAGUUCCUGGAGGAGCUACGCAGGUACCUGAGCCACGGGCAGCCAGCCCCGCAGUACCAAAUCCACCUGUGCUUUGGUGAGGAAUACCCCACCAGCACCGGCCACCACCUCCAGAAGCUCAUCAUGGCCCACGUGGAGCCGGUGUUUGCACGAGAGCUCUUCCACCACGCCCAGCGCCUGGGUCCUGCACUGAUGCGGGGCUGCCCCCAGCCCUGCACGCCCGCAGCCCCCGGCCGCAUCGCCCACGUCCUGCAGCAGCUCUGCCAGCCCUGAGCCGGGCAGUUGAGGGGACACGAAGCCUGGGGACGCGCGGCCGCCCAGCGGCGAAUCCGUAAAGCCACAGGGCGUUUAGCAGGGACGGCUGCAGAUGGAUGCUGGCUGGAGCGGGGCACUGCACGGAGCGCUGUAUUUAUUCCCCAAGAGCGCAGCGGAGGCUGCUGCGUGCAGUCGUGCCCAGCAGGGGACAGCCAGCUCUGUCCUGGUGCCUCGCACUGUGGGGACUUGCUGUUUGUGAGCUGUGGAAAUAAAGGUUGUGUUUCGGUACCGCUGACUGC